GUCCCGAAGGCGGCGCGGACGAGCUGUGGCUGCCCGGCCCGGGAACCGGCUCCCGGCAGAAACCUGCCCUGGUGCUGAAAACUGAACUGUGCGAUCGUAUUCAUACCUAUUCCGAAAUAACAUCCUUUGCCUUCAACAGGGCUUACCUCCAGGAAAAAACAACAAGUCAGCUCGUGAAGGUCGUCUCGCAGAAAGAGCCCUCCCAGAACAAGCUCUUAUCAUGGCUGUGAACUCCCUUUUCUCCUCUGUGUCUCUGGUAGAUGGAUGCUGACAUGGACUACGAAAGACCUAACGUCGAAACUAUCAAAUGUGUGGUUGUUGGUGAUAAUGCAGUGGGGAAGACUCGCUUGAUCUGUGCAAGAGCAUGUAACACCACUCUGACCCAGUAUCAGCUGCUGGCAACUCAUGUACCCACCGUCUGGGCAAUCGACCAAUAUCGGGUCUGCCAAGAGGUUCUUGAACGUUCUCGUGAUGUUGUGGAUGAAGUGAGCGUUUCUCUCAGACUCUGGGACACAUUUGGGGACCACCACAAAGACAGACGCUUUGCUUAUGGAAGGUCCGAUGUCGUUGUCUUGUGCUUUUCCAUUGCUAACCCCAACUCCCUGAAUCAUGUGAAGACCAUGUGGUGUCAAGAAAUCAAACACUUUUGUCCUCGCACACCUGUUAUUCUGGUUGGCUGCCAACUGGAUCUUCGAUACGCUGAUCUAGAAGCUGUAAACCGAGCCAGAAGGCCAUUGGCAAGGCCUAUCAAAAGGGGAGACAUUUUGCCACCAGAAAGAGGCAGAGAGGUUGCCAAGGAGCUUGGGAUACCAUACUACGAAACGAGUGUGUUUGACCAGUUUGGCAUCAAAGAUGUGUUUGACAAUGCAAUUAGAGCAGCGUUGAUCUCCAGGAGACACCUGCAGUUCUGGAAGUCACACCUGAAGAAAGUCCAGAAGCCGUUGCUUCAAGCUCCAUUUCUACCUCCAAAGGCUCCUCCUCCAGUGAUCAAAAUCCCGGAGUGUCCCGUCACCAGUAUCAAUGAAGCCGGAUACUUACUGGACAAUCCUUUAUGUGCAGAUGUCAUGUUUAUCCUUCAGGACCAUGCUCACAUUUUUGCUCACAAGAUCUACCUCGCUACCUCCUCUUCCAAGUUUUAUGACCUUUUUUUAAUGGAAUGUGAAGAAACCCCAGAUUUACCGGAAGCUCAGUGUAAUAAUAAAGAAAGGGCCAGCGGAAACCUUACGAGCCGAACAUUUAGCCUUGACAGCGAUGAUAUCAUGGAGGUGGCGACCUUACAUCCUUCCACAGUAUCAGCAGAUGGCAGCAACCCUUUAACAAGGGGAGAGCAUGAAGCAGGGGAAGCCGGUUGCCUGAAACAAGUGCCCACAUUUCUGGGCAAAGGCUUUGUUAGCAUGCAUAAAGAAAUGCGAGUCAACCCAGUCUCGAAGCGGACGUGUGCAGUCACAGUAGUCAGAGUAGAUGCUUCCAUUCAGCCUGGGCCUUUUAAAACUGUUCUGCAGUUCCUCUACACAGGGCAGCUGGAUGAAAACGAGAAAGAUCUCACCAGGGUCGCUCAGAUUGCAGAGGUACUGGAAGUGUUUGACUUGCGGAUGAUGGUGGAAAACAUCACAAAUAAGGAAGCCUUCAUGAACCAGGAAAUUACGAAGGCUUUCCAUGUGAGGAAAGCCAAUCGGAUAAAAGAAUGUCUCUCUAAAGAGACAUUUUCUGAUGUGACAUUUAAACUGGAAGACGGAAACAUCAACGCUCACAAGCCGCUACUGAUCUGUAGCUGCGAGUGGAUGUCUGCAAUGUUUGGCGGAUCGUUUGUUGAAAGCUCCAGCAGUGAGGUUGUUCUUCCCAACAUAAACAAAGCUUCCAUGCAAGCCGUUCUGGAUUAUCUUUACACCAAGCAACUAUCACCAAGUCAGGAGCUGGACACACUUGAAUUAAUUGCACUGGCAAACAGAUUUUGCCUGCCACACUUGGUUGCACUUGCAGAGCUGCAGUCUGUGCAGGAACUUAACAAAACGGCAAUGAGCGGUAUUAGCAUAGAUGGCGACGUGCUGUGUUACUUGGAAAUCGCCCAGUUCCACAAUGCUAAUCAGCUGGCAGCCUGGUGCUUGCACUAUAUCUGCACCAACUACAACAGUGUUUGUUCCAAGUUCCGAAAGGAAAUCAAAACUAAAUCUCCUGAUAAUCAGGAAUAUUUCGAGAGACACCGUUGGCCUCCUGUGUGGUAUCUUAAGGAAGAAGAUCAUUUCCAGCGGGUUAAAAAGGAAAGAGAAAAGGAAGACAUUGCACUGAAUAAACACCAUUCAAAACGCAAGUGGUGCUUCUGGAAUUCCCCUGCAGUAGUUAUCUGAGGAAUGACGAGCGCACGCCUUGAAUCCGAAAGCAUGGUUUUAGAAGAAGCCAUGCCGCCAUUAGAGUACCACGUUCCACAUAAAGCGAUCCUUGUGCCAAGUGUUAUUGGAAUCAAUGGCAGUUGCAUGAAAGCUGCUCUUUAUGCAGCUCCCAUUCAUUUCAAUGGAGCUUGCACAGAGAACAUUCUUAGCGUGCACAAGAUGGUUUGAGGUACUCGUUCUUGUUCCACCUGUGUGCAUUUAUCAUCCAUUCGAUCAAAAAAGCACAAACACACUUGAAGUGAGUGUGAAGCAGCUUCAUAGCAAUGUCUGUAUUUUGGGAUUAAUAAGCUAAACCACUGUAUAAACCAAUAUUGAUUUUUCCCUUUUUAUACAACAAAUCCAGCAUUAAUGUUUUGAUCUCUUAAGUGCAAAGUAUUUUUAUACGGGGGUGCGCAUGUGUGUGCGUGUGUCUGAAGAUCUUUAAACGAUAUUUCUGAAGCGUUUUCUUUCAUGGACCACAGAACAAUUGCGUUAAGUCGGUCUUUAACUUAGAUGAUCUAUGUUGCUCUCCCCCCACUGCAGAUGCAGUGAAAUACAAACAACAUCUCUAAUGAGCUUCCCUGAUAGGAAUUGUCAGCGUAGCAACAAAGCCACUUUUGCUAGGCAACUGACUCAGCAGCCCCCUUCCUGAGUACUGUGGGAUCAUAAUAAUUAGAUCCUUAUUUCUUCUUCGGAAGUAAUAGGAUGUAAUGAGAUCCAGCAACAAUGAAGUCUUGUGGAAUUUUAAAAUCUGUGAUCAGCUGAAGAUUAUGAAGUGUAAUUUACCUUAUUUGCUGUGUAAGGGAGAAGGUAGCGGCCAUGAAAAACAACUCCUUUGUUCAUUUUCCAUGGUUGAAUAUAUGCAUUUUCAAGAGGAUCCUUUUAAAAUAAUUAGAAAACCUCCUUAAGUUUCUGUCGUUACUCACUGCAGAUUUCCUAAGGAUCUGAAUCUAGGUGGUAGCACUCUUAGUGAUUAUUUGGUUUAGUUCUUUAGAGUUGUCCAUGCCUUGACGUUUAAGAAACGUCUGCUUAUUGAAAUCCGCUUGCUUCAUCGUGAGUGUCUACAUGUUAAGGGCUGCUGACAUAAAUCGAUCUCUUCUAUUAGACUACCGAACAUCAGCCAGGCACCUGCAUUCACCAGUCUGGCCCAAAUGCGCUCUUAAUGCACGACGGUCACAGUGGGUAAGUGCCUUUCCUCUGAAAGCAUUCCUUAAAUGCACUUCCCAUCGGGACUGACCCACUGGUGUGCUCAUCUGCAGUGGAUGCACCACCACACUGCUAGCUAGCUCUGUGAGAACGGUCCCGCUCAUGUGGUCAGUGCAUUUUUGCAGGGCAGAGAAUACCGGACUGCCGCUCCAUAGCUUCGGCUCUCAUGGCUCCCCAUGCACGUGAUCUUUUGUGGCCUUUUAAAUAUGCUGGAAAAAGAUGUUCCGAGAAAAGCCCAGACUUUUUGCAUCUACCCGUUUCCUCCCCAAAGCGGCACACACAGUCCUGCAGAGCCUCCAAAGCUUUCAAAGUAAGUCGUGCUGAAGUUAAAGCUACACUCUUGUGCCCAGUAACCUGGGCAUAAGCCCCGUUAAAUUAAGAGAGACUUCCUUCUGAGCAGGCCUGUAUUGUUAGCCCCUUAUCUCUGUAGUAAGUCACUUUUCUUAACAUUUUAGCAGCAACUAGAUACUUCCUGCCCAAGAGAACAAAAAUGAUAUAACAGGCAAUGUGCUGGCGUCAGACUUGGGUUCAAAUCCCCCAUUGCUUGUGCAGCUUGCUGCCCACACACGCCGAGCUUUUAUACAAGAGCUUUGAGAGAGGGUUUGCCAUAAGAUCCUUCAGUAUUCACAUGUAAGGCAGGCAGAUGAAGGGUUCAAGGCCAAAGGCAUAUCACCUCCCACUUACUUAGGUGCCCGGAUGCAGGCAAUGUUUGCAAUUUUGUUUGCUUCCCUCCGCACACAUCACUUUGACUUGCAGCCUGCGUCUUCUAUGGCCGAUCCCCAUUUCUGUCUCUGUCACUCUGUCUCUUUGUCUCUCUGUUUCUGUCUCUCUCUCCCCCGCCCCACUCUCUCUCAUUGCGAUUUAGCCCCACCAGAGCUGGAGCUAGUAUCCCGUAAUCAAGGUGAUGCUGUGUGUACUACAAGAUCAUACAGUAUUCCAUUUUUGCAAAGUGGAUGACAGCUGGUCUACGUUUUACCUUAUCCCGGCCUCAGCCUCUUCUACAUGGUUAAUUCCCACCUGUACACUGGAGCAUGAGCACCUGUACAUAAAUGGCACGUGACAGUAUUGUGAGUUUUGCAACUUCCUCAGGAGGAAGACAGAAUGGAGGAGGAGACUGCCCCGUAUUGGGAAGUAGGACUUAAAAGCAUGGGGAAAAAAAUGGGAGGUUUGCACCUCCGUAAGGAAGUGGGAUGCAAAGUGGAGUGAGGUAACAUCUCGGCUUGCCCUGAAUUUCACCAUAGAAGGUGGAUGUGGCUGUAGAACUGUGCAUAGCAAGCUCAGGCCAGCCAUAGCCAUAGAGGCAUGAGCUGUAGAAAAGCUUGGGGAAAGGACAGGUGCAGUCUUCCUCUGCACUUUUCUUUCUUUUUUUGUUAUGAAGCACCUUGGCCACAGCUUGGUCUCUUUCCCAUCUUGCUUGCAGCCCAUGAGAAAGGCUGCCUUCUUUCCUUCUCUGCAGACCGUGGGCUCAAACCCCAUUGCUAAGGUCAGGAAAGUAGCACAAAGAAAGUCACUCAGCUUCCGAGCCAGUCCAGGUUUCGGCUGCCAGGCAUCACUCUGCAGAAGGUGGACCUUCCACUAAGGACAGCUGAAGGGAGGUUCUGGUGGAACAGAAAUGUCUUGUGUAGAAGACAACUCCAUCACCUAAUACAGGGGCUGGCCUUCCAGCUUGUGUCAGACCACAACCCCCAUCAGCCUUAGCCAACAUAAGCAAUAGCAAGGGAUGAUGGGAGGUGCAGUUCAACUGCUGGAUGGGCACUCAUGGUCCAUCUCUGAGUUAAAAGAAAAUUGUACUGUGAUAAAGGGCUAUGAAGGGAAGAGCGGUUACAACUAUGUGCAACUCUGCGGAAAGGAAGUUGGGAUGAGCAAAACAGCUGGUGUUGAGGCUCAGGCUGCAUGCAGAGGGGGCAGUCCUGUUGGUUUAAUGGGAGGGGUUGAUUUUUAAAGCUCAGCAAGCAACCAGGAGGGUGAUAACCCAUUCCCCUGCCUGUGGCAAAUUUUAUGCCUCUCCCCUGGUGCCAUGUUUCUUCUUCACAGAGGGAGGCAAAGGAGGUACCAGGGGAGAGUUGCGUUCCCCCAACCCGUAUAGCCCUUGAUCUCUGCUUGUGGCCAACCACAACUUAAACAAAGAGGCCUGCGCUGUUCUAUACAGAUGGAGCCUCCAUUGUAAAAGGUUAGCAGAUGGUUUGUUUUGUGAAGCAUUACUAAUAGUUCUUACAAAACCAAAGCUACUCUUUGAUUGUAAUCUUGCCAAACUGACACUGUCAUGCACAUGUGAACCAGGGUUAUAUGCAAUAAUAACCAGCAUUAUGGUUAUACAACCAAGUGGCUGGUUCAUUUGGUUUAAUUCUGCCUAUAGCCUUUAAUCUUGGUGUGUGGGGGGUUGUUUUGGUUUUUAUUUUGCAAAAAAACAAUAAAACUGUUUAGCGAUAA